AGGCUGCAGCAGGAGACCCGGCCAUGAGAUGCCAGCUCAGGCCAGCUCCCCUCUUUCGCGAAUGGAGGAGCUCAGCAUUCCCCCCCAUCUGGUUAGCCUGUCUCCCCUCCCCCUCCUCCCUCGCCCACACCCUCACGCUCUACCCCAAUCUCUCUGCGCUCCUCCUCCCCAUAGUCUCCACCGCACCUCACCCCCUCCGUCCCUCCCAUGUGCGCUCCCUCCUCUCUGCUGCCGCCGCCCUCCCCGCCCUCACCUCCUUCUCCGUGCUGCUAGAGCCGGGCUUCAGCAGAGAACACGACUGGGAGUACGGGCGGGACGAGCUGUGGGAGAUGCCUAAGGAGGAGAGGAAGAGGGAGAUGCGGCAAUGGUGGGGGGAAACGAACAGGGAGGUGGAGAGGGGGCUGCUUGCGGUGCUGAAGAGGUGCCGCGGACUCAAAGAGCUGCGCAUUCAGGGGGAGGGCGUCGCCCACCACCUCAAACUCCCCCCCUCUCUCUUCCUCUGCUGCACGCAUCUCACCACCCUCUCCCUCCCCCUCUCCCGCCUCCCCUCCUCCCUCCUCCGCCUCACUCGCCUCACCUCUCUCUCCCUCGCCCUCCCUGUGGGUCACAUGCCUCCCCAGUUCGCCCACUCCUCUCCCUUCGCCUGCCUCUCCUCCCUCCGCUCCCUCUCACUCCACACCUGUGAGGGUGACAUGAGCAGCAGCUGCGUGUCUUUGGAUGGCAGCAGCUGGAGUGGGCUCUCAGAGGAGCUUCUGCUGGGCCUGCCGUCGUGCCUCUCCUCCCUCUCCCUGCACCUCCCCACCGACAUCAUGCCCGCCUCCUUCUCCUCCCUCACUGCCCGCACGCUCCUCGCCGCCAACCAGUGGAUUCCGGGGCUGCAGGGCGAGGAGGACGAGGGAGACGGAGGGGUGGGAGAGGAGGAGUGGGAGGGGGAAGAAGGGGAGGAUGAGGCAGAGGAGGAGAGUGGUAUGGGUGAGGGAGAUGAGGAUGUUUGGUGUGAUGAUCAUAAUCAUGAUCACGACGGUGGUGAGCAUUCACAACUCCACAACUCACUCGGUGCUUCAAGCAUCCACGACAGCACACUGCUGCCUCUCUGCAACCUCACUUCCCUCACGCUCUCCUGCUGCUGCUUUUUCCCCCCGCUCAUUCGCCACCUCACUCGCCUCACCUCCCUCUCCCUCGGAUCCUACUAUGACGAUGGGAUAGACUCCACCACCCGAUCCUGCUCACUCCACCACGGCCUCUCUCGCCUCACUCGCCUGCGGGAGCUCUCCCUCUGCUGCGACAGCUUCUCCCAACAGCGCCUUCCCCGCUUGCCCCGCCUCCGUAGCCUCCACGUGCAAAACUACAAAGAGACCGGCGACAUGACCCGCUUCAUGGCUGCUGUGGCGCACUCUUUGGAGCGGCUGCACAUUGAUUGUGACCAAAAGCAUGAGUUGAUGCAGCUCACGGCGCUCUCCACUCUCAUUGUGGACAAUGCAGACUACCGGGAUUUCCUUGCAGCCCUCUCCUGCUUCUCCUCCCUGCGCACCCUCCGCCUCUCCAACAUCACCCGAGGCUGCUCUGAGCCCUACUUCUCCUGCCCGCCUCUCCUCUCCACACUUCAGAUCUGCUUCUCCGACCUGCCCCGCCUCCCCCCUUCACUCGCUCACUUCUCCCGCCUCACUCGCCUGGACCUGCUGCACUGGCGCCGCCUGCACUCUCUCCCGCCCUUCCUCUCGUCCUUCUCGUCACUGCACCACUUGAAAGUCACGAGCGAUGGGCCCAAGCCCACACAGCCUGCUUGCCUGAAAGGCUUUCUUCGAGGCAGGGACUGGUACGAGCAUUCGCCAUGUGACGGCAGGGACUGGCACGAGCAUUUAUGUCAGUAA